UUCUAUAAAACAAGAAGAAACAAAAGCAAAGAAACAAAAGAGCAAAACAGCUUCGCCGGAAAAAUAAAUUCCGUCAGCCUUAACCAUCACCUUUUCCGAUGAUACUCAACUUAACAACAUAUCUGAUGAUGACGUCAUCGCUAAUGGCUAACAUGCACCUUCUAAUAACCACCUUCGCCCUUGCAAUAACCGGUUUUGAACCUGUGUAUUCGAAAGUAACAUCGGAACCGGUGUUUUCUGCGGUUGGUGACCCCGGAAUGAAGCGAGAUGGGCUGCGAGUGGCGUUCGAGGCUUGGAACUUUUGUAAUGAAGUUGGAACCGAAGCGCCGUCGAUGGGGAGUCCUCGAGCUGCCGAUUGUUUCGACGUUGUUUCCACCGGUAAAGACAAUUACCACCUAAACCACAAAGUAACCGAACGCGACAACCAUCUCAGCGUCGGCGAUUCAUUUCCGGGACUAAACCCGAAAGCGCUACACGAUCCGGACCUCUACGCAGCCGAAAAAGAGAUAUAUCUCGGCAACCUAUGCCAAGUAGUCACCAACACAACCCCAUGGCAAUUUUGGAUGAUCAUGCUUAAAAACGGCAACUACGACACCACCUCCGGCCUAUGUCCGGAAAACGGUAAAAAAUCCCAACCGUUCCCACCGGGACGGUUUCCCUGUUUCGGAGAUGGGUGUAUGAACCAACCAGUUUUGGACCAUCAACCGACGGUUAUUGAUUAUAAUUCGAGUUCGGUUUCGGGUCCGGUUAUGAAAGGUGGGUUUAAUGGUACUUAUGAGUUGAGUGGUGGUAUUGAUUCGUAUUUUGAAGUGACGUGGCAGAAGAAGAUUGGCGUUGGUGGUUGGGAGUUUAACCAUAAACUAAAAACAUCAAAGUUGUAUCCUUGGUUGAUGUUGUAUUUGAGGGCUGAUGCUACCAAAGGGUUUUCUGGUGGUUAUCAUUAUGACACUAGAGGCAUGCUUAAAACGCUUCCAGAAUCACCAAAUUUCAAAGUAAAAUUACGCCUAGAUGUCAAAAAGGGGGGUGGAUCCAAGAGUCAAUUCUACCUUAUUGACAUGGGCAGUUGUUGGAAAAACAAUGGUCAACCUUGUGACGGCGACGUGUUGACCGACAUUACCCGAUACAGCGAGAUGAUCAUCAAUCCCGAGGUUGCAGCAUGGUGUGCCCCGUCAGCCCUCUCAAACUGCCCGCCGUACCAUAUUACCCCCAACAACACAAAGAUUUACAGAAAUGACACUGCGAGGUUCCCAUAUGGGGCGUACCACUAUUACUGUGGUCCAGGGAAUGCGGCCCACUUGGAGAAGCCGUACAGCACAUGUGACCCGUAUAGCAACCCGCAGGCCCAAGAACUUGUGCAGUUGUUGCCUCACCCCAUAUGGGCCGAAUACGGGUUUCCCACAAAGCAAGGAGAUGGGUGGGUCGGGGAUGCCCGGACUUGGGAGCUUGAUGUUGGCGGGCUGUCUAGUAGACUUUACUUCUAUCAGGAUCCAGGGACUAAAGCUGCAAAAAGGAUAUGGACAUCACUAGAUGUUGGAACUGAAAUAUUUGUAAGCGACAGAGAUGAAGAGGCUGAAUGGACUCUAAGCGACUUUGAUGUCAUCAUUACAUCUAAACCUUAAUUGAAUAACUAAGUUAUUAACAAUAUAUUGUUAGUUGUUACUAUGUUUAAUGAUAUUGCUGUGGAAGUUUAUUAAUUUUCCAUAUAUUAA